CCUCAGCAGCCUGUGCCUGUGCCUGUGCCCAUCCCUUUGGAAGAGAAAGAAAAUUCACGCACAGACGAACGACGGCGAGAAAAAAAAGAGCGAGGGAAAAAAGCGGAGAAGGAAGCGCGAGCUAAAAUCCAGAUGAAAAAGUUGGACAGCGAGGAGGAAGCCGACCUAAGAUCACGUUAUACGCUUUAAAAAAUCAUGCCACUGCACAAAUCAUCAUCCCGGGCUUCUCGCCUGGACCCUACCAUGAUCUCAGCACCACUGGGUGACUUUCGCCACACCAUGCACAUUGGACGCGGAGGUGAUGCCUUUGGAGACACCUCCUUCUUGUCCACACUCGGCCCGAGUCCUUCCAGCGCUGACGCGGGGAGUGCAGGGGUCACGCCAGGUGCUGACCCUGAGGUGGCAGUUAACCACAGUGAUCUUCAUACAGAUGCUCCAGGAAGCCCAGAGGACAAUGAGCUUCACUCAGAGUCAGUAUCUUUAUUCACCCUAGACCUGGACCUGGAUCUGGGCCCGUCUAUGCUGGGAGAUGUAUUAGGAGUAAUGGAUGGAUUGGGGCUCGACUCCAAGGAGGAGGACGUGUUGAGUCCCAAAAGUGCCACAUCCUCCAUGGAAAAAAGGCAGGGGAGAGAGGCCACAGGCAUGUCUGUGAACAAGCAGAACGAGCUGAAUGGGAAGAACUUGGUUGGGUUGGAUGGAGACCAGGUGGGAGAAAGCAGGAUACCAGAUGGAAAUGGGAUCAAGCCAAAGGGGUUAAAACCCAAAGUGAGAUUCAGUGACAAACGCGAGGAGAUCAUUCGCCAGGCAUCUGAAGAGGAAGAAGGUCAAGGGUUCGACUUCCAGGAUGAGAAUCAGCUGGUGUGUCAAAGUCCAACAAGGGGUGAGAGUGAGAGGGGGGAGAGCCGAGUAGCGGAGGGUGAAACUGAGUUCAUCAAUCACAAAGUGGAGUUGCCACCUAGUCCUGCUUCAUCACAUAGCUCAGAGAAUGAAGGAGACGUCCCACUGGACAGGAGGAGGGUGGACAACUGCCACUCAGAGACUGAUUCAGAGGAGGACGAGGAUGAGGAAGAGGAGGAGGAGGAGGGAGGUGAAGCAGGAAGAGGCUACACAUUUGAAGACGAGUUUGAUGAUGAAAUUGGUCUAUAGAGUACAGGUAAAAACAAGUCUUUGCUGUUGAGUAAAUCAACGAUACUGUAUUAUUUUUCUUCCACAACUCACCAUGUCAGUGUCAUCUGUACGGUCGGUUUAAACACAAUCAUAUCUCAAUGCAAACAAGACUCUGAGGUAUUCCGUUAAGACGAUGUUGCUCAACUGGUAAAGGCAUUUUAUGUUUUAUCUACAGGGGUGACAGAUUUGCCAGGGACUGUCAUUGUUAUCAGAAAAUGCAAAAUGGAAUUUUGGUUAUUACAGUGAAAAGUUUAUAGCACUUUUACUUUAUUUCCUUCAUCUGGAAGCAUUGCUAUGAGAAUGAUGUGAAAAGUUAGAUUCUAGCUAAAUGAACGAUGCUUGCUUUUUUUUUUUUUUACGUCAUAUGUAUUUUCCAUCGCAAGUGCACAGAACAGAUGUUGUGAUUACUGAGCUUUAUGUUAUAGUGGAGCUGACUUACUAUAGUGCCUUGUGCUAUAUCAGUGUCUUAUUAGUUAUUUCUUGUAUUGCAUGUUUAUUACAGUCUGCCCGUCUUCUCUUCAUGUUUAAUACUUUUAAAAAAAAAGCUUCACCUGGAGAUAAUGUCAGAAAAUAAAGUUAUCCUGUGUAUUGUGAAAUACUGUGAAUUAGUCACAUUCCUAAUCUGACAUUGUUUCUCUGCUUUAAACUGCAUCAAGUCUGAUAUGAGUUGUCUUGGGGCUGUGGGGCUGGACUGAUACAAAAAUGCUCAGACAAUCAUGGGAUUUAAAGGUCAAGUUGUAAAUUGGGACCAGUGGUGUAUUUUUGUGUUUUUUAUUUUCUUCAUGUAAAAUGUCUUAAGUUUAAUUUCACAAUGCUGUAAAGUGGGAGAGGUCAUUAUGUUCAGCUGUUGAAAUUGCUGGUUGAAAUGCAUACAAACCUGUGGUUUAAUGAGAAAUACAGUGAAAACAAUAAAAUAAUUAUUGGGAUUGUUAUGUAA